CUUCUCCUAUUGUUUACAAGAUUAAUAUUGUUACAGAAAAUGUCACAUUUCCAUAAUGUGUUUUAUUUCCAGCAGAUGGACACACAAGCAGAAAUAUCUCAGAAGGACAUCUAAUGUUAUCCCCGGAUUGUGACAUAAAAGAUAAUGACAGUAGACAGGAUUCUCCAGGAGAUAACCCCAUUACCCCAAUUAUACAUCCAGCUCUAUCAGCUGAUCCCGGGAAAUGUUGUCCUGAUCACUCUGAUAUUGGUGCAUCUGUCACAGCUCUGACAGUAGAUACAGUGUUUCCGUGUUCUAUAGAUGCCAAAUGUUUUACAAAGAACACAAAGCCUAAUAACCCACACACAGGUAAGGCAGGUGAGAGGCCACUGAUAUGUUCUGAGUGUGGGAAAUGUUUUACAUACAAAUCACAACUUGUUAAUCAUCACGGAAGUCACACAGGUGAGAAGCCAUUUCCAUGUUCUGAGUGUGGGAAAUGUUUUGCACUUAAAUCACAUCUUGUUAGACAUCAGAGAAGUCACACAGGUGAGAAGCCAUUUUCUUCUUCUGAGUGCUGGAAAUGUGUUACACAAAAAUCACAACUUGUUACCCAUCAGCAAAGUCACACAGGUGAGAAGGCAUUCCCAUGUUCUGAGUGUGGGAAAUGUUGUGUAAGUAAAUCACAUCUUGUUAUGCAUCACAGAAGUCACACAGGUGAGAAGCCAUUUCCAUGUUCUGAGUGUGGGAAAUGUUUUGUAAGUAAAUCACAACUUGUUACACAUCUGCGCAGUCACACAGGUGAGAAGCCUUUUCCAUGUUCUGAGUGUGGGAAAUGUUUUGUAAGUAAAUCACAACUUGUUACACAUCUGCGCAGUCACACAGGUGAGAAGCCUUUUCCAUGUUCUGAGUGUGGGAAAUGUUUUGUAUGGAAAUCAGAUCUUGUUAUACAUCACAGAAGUCACACAGGUGAGAAGCCAUUUUCUUGCUCUGAGUGUGGGAAAUGUUUUACACAGAAAUCACAACUUGUUACCCAUCAGCAAAGUCACACAGGUGAGAAGGCAUUUCCAUGUUCUGAGUGUGGGAAAUGUUUUACACAGAAAUCACAACUUGUUAGACAUCAGAGAAGUCACACAGGUGAGAAGGCAUUUCCAUGUUCUGAGUGUGGGAAAUGUUUUGCACACAAAUCAGUUCUUGUUAGACAUCAGCGAAGUCACACUGGUGAGAAGCCAUUUCCAUGUACUGAGUGUGGGAAAUGUUUUGUAAGUAAAUCACAACUUGUUACACAUCUGCGCAGUCACACAGGUGAAAAGCCUUUUCCAUGUUCUGAGUGUGGGAAAUGUUUUGCAUGUAAAUCAGAUCUUGUUAUACAUCACAGAAGUCACACAGGUGAGAAGCCAUUUUCUUGCUCUGAGUGUGGGAAAUAUUUUACACGGAAAUCACAACUUGUUACCCAUCAGCAAAGUCACACAGGUGAGAAGGCAUUUCCAUGUUCUGAGUGUGGGAAAUGUUUUGAACACAAAUCACAUCUUGUGAGACAUCAGAGAAGUCACACAGGUGAGAAGCCAUUUUCUUGCUCUGAGUGUGGGAAAUGUUUUGCACACAAAUCAGUUCUUGUUAUACAUCAGAGAAGUCACACAGGUGAGAAGCCAUUUUCUUGCUCUGAGUGUGGGAAAUGUUUUACACGGAAAUCACAACUUGUUACCCAUCAGCAAAGUCACACAGGUGAGAAGGCAUUUCCAUGUUCUGAGUGUGGGAAAUGUUUUGAACACAAAUCACAUCUUGUGAGACAUCAGAGAAGUCACACAGGUGAGAAGCCAUUUUCUUGCUCUGAGUGUGGGAAAUGUUUUGCACACAAAUCAGUUCUUGUUAUACAUCAGAGAAGUCACACAGGUGAGAAGCCAUUUUCUUGCUCUGAGUGUGGGAAAUGUUUUACAUACAAAUCACAACUUGUUUCCCAUCAGCAAAGUCACACAGGUGAGAAAGCAUUUCCAUGUUCUGAGUGUGGGAAAUCUUUUGCACACAAAUCAGUUCUUAUUAGACAUCAGCGAAGUCACACAGGUGAGAAGUAAUUUCUUUACUCUGAGACAUAAAUCAUCAGAAUCAGCUUUAUUGGCCAGGUUUACUCGCCUACACUAGGAAUUGUUUGUGGUACAAUGCAUCGCCAAGCAGCAACAUGAAAGGGAAAUACAUGGCAUAAGAAGGGGGAAAAACAUAGCAUACAUUACACAUAUGAGUUCAUACUGCACAUUGCAACUGUAAAAUAGACUCAACAUAUUAUACAUGUAAGACUAAAGACGAAGGCUGCUUGGCAGAGCAGCACUGAGGCGCCAACUAGAACUCAAACAAUGCACAUAAUACAGAAGAUUUAAGUAUUACACAUCAAAAUAUAAACCAGACAGACAAAAAAAAAAGACACAGAAAGAAUAAUGCAGGAUUGGUGUAGGUAUUUUGAGUAAUAACUUCCAUGGGCUGUGUAUUCCACCCUCACAGGGUACCAGGUGCGGCAGCCAUCUUCGGCGCACUGCGUAGGAGUACCCUGGGUGGAGUAGUCCAUCCUUGAGGGGUAGGCCUGUAAGGUACUACUGAUGUUCUCUGCCAGAGGGUUAGUGGGCAUAGUCCUGGUGAUUUCAUUUUCGAGGUUUGAUGAGUCCUCAUAAUGGUCUGGAUUUCUUUCUUGAUGUUGUUGCUUAGAGAUAGGAAUGCUUUGAGUAUUUUAACGCACAGCUGUGCAUGGCUGAAGCUAUAGAUAUAUAUACACACAAUAGACAUCACUCAGAUUGUACACAAUAGACAUCACUCAGGUGAGUAACCAUUUUAAUCUUCUGGAAUAUACUCAUCAUUGCCAUGCGUUGUUCUUCAUGGUUCUUAUCCUAUCUCCUAUGCUUUUUGUAAUAUACAUGUUACCACUGGGUGAAAUAAUCAGAUGUCAUACCAUUGUCUACCACUGCUAUGCAGAUGACCUGUCUUUGCUCUAGGUACUGAGAACCCAGUACCAAUCCUAAAUGGUUGUCUAGCUGAGCUCCAGGUGUGGGUGAUGCCAGUUAGCUGUGAUUCAGUCCUGGUGAAACAGGUCUUUAAGCUCACCAACAAAGAGCAGGGCUGCAGCUCCGCUUUACCUACCAACCAGACUUUGUUAGGAAUGUCUGUUUGUUUUGCUUUGAAUUCUCAUUCCUGCCUCUAGAGGUCUCACUUGCUGCCUCAGGUCCGAAUGGCAGUUGCACACUGUCUCUGCAGGAUAAUUACCUGAUUGUGAGCACCUGGGGUCCAACACCUGGUGCUGCUAUUUAACUCCAGCUCACCAGCAUCUAGGUGCAGAUCAUUGUGGUUCCGUCUGGAGUGCGACUGGGCUCUCUCCUGUAUUCCUGUCCUGAUUCUGCCUUAUCUACAUCUUGGAGACAUUCCCUGCAGUUUGCUGGUUCGUGUGCCUUGCUUCAAGACUUUUAACCCUGCCGGUUCAGCAUCUGCAUUCCUGGACUAUUAUUUGCAGUCUGUUUCCACCCCUGACUGAUUACUACGUUUUUGGUAUGUUAUUUUUCCCCUGCUUGAUUUAAACCCAGAUACCUUCAUGUUUAUUUCUCAUCUGUGUUUAACCUGGAUUAUACCAAUAUUCAAGCAUAACCUUCCUCCUUGUUUAUAUUACCAGCCAUUACUAUUAUUUGGAAAUAUCAUGUUCGGUUUCAUGUAAUCAAGGAUCCAGUUUAUAUUUAUUUUUGCUACCAUUUUUUCCACAAUAAACCUUACUUAAUUCUCACCUGGCUUCAGCUGACCUCAUUUCAAGUAUGCACACACAGAGAACCCUAGUAAUCGUUACAGAAUGAUCUGCCCAAAUCAAUGUGUGCAGGAGUUUUGAGGUACAGCUGAAUCUCAUAAGAUGGCUUUACUUCAGAGAAAUUCUCUGCCUCUCGAGUUUAUGCCGUUUGUGAGUUCUACAUUGCUGGUGGAUUUCAGAGAGAAACUGGAGAAUAUUCAAACCCUGUCCUCAGUGAUACUGGGGUAUAUGCAAUAGCGGGCGAAUCGCGUCAUUUUUUCCGCCCGUUUAAAAUUCGCCUGCACUCGCCAGCCGCAGCCCUGCCGCCGGGACCAUGAAUUCACCAUAUGCAAUGUAAAACGGAUUCGACCCACCCCCAGGCGGAUAACGGCCAAUCGGCGAGUAGUGGGCGUCCCGAAUUCGACUUCCCGCCGAAAGCAGCCCUUUAUUAGGGCUUGUUUGCUGCGUGCUCUGCAGCCAUUUUGUGAACCUGCAGAGAGGUGUGAGGAGGUGCAGAGCUAGCAAUUUGGUUGUUUGCUGUGGAUAUCGUUUGGACACCCCAGCAGGCUUUAUUCCAGGACAGUCAGGAGGAUACAUGUUACCCCGGAGGAGAGCCAUUUUAGGAGCUUUUACAACAUUUGUAGGUAAGUACCACAUGUGGGUCUGGUGUUGCAUGUAUGUGUUUGUGUAGUGGGGGUU